CGCGCCGUCGACUUGUGUCGUGAAAUGUGAACUCGAAACACGGCAUAGGAAGGGGAACACCGUAAGGAGCCAAACUAGAAUGGACUUUUCAAGGGAGUUACAACGGUAACUUCACCAGCUUAUUCAUCAAGAUGCUAUGGUUAAUGUUGAAAAGAGGCCCUUUCUCCAGCCUAAUGCGUAGAUGUCGCCAUCACAAAGGAUUUGGACAUAAUAAUGACAUAAACAAGAAUGUUAUCAUCAUUGAGAGACAGUGUCAUGGACAGGGUCAUUCAGACCAGAUGAAAAGAUGGAACGUGAUGUUCUUUGGCACUGAUCAUUUCUCACUUCCUCAUCUGCAAAUGAUGGAAGAAUCAAGACAGAAAGGACUCUUGAUUAACAAGCUAGAAGUUGUAGUUCCACAAAGCACAUUUAUCAAACGGCGAGGUAGGACUAGGAAACCGUCUCCAGUCUGGGAGUUUUGUCAGGAACACCAACUCACCUGUCGCCAAUGGCCUUUGGAUAGUAACGUCUCUGGUUUUGAUGUUGGCAUUGUUGUUUCUUUUGGUCAUCUAUUACCGGAGGGGCUAAUGAAAGGCUUCCCUUUAGGUAUACUGAAUGUUCAUCCCAGUCUCUUGCCAAGAUGGAGGGGAGGUGCACCUAUCCAGCAUACAAUACUCAAUGGUGAUGAAGUCACUGGAGUCUCUAUUAUGAGAAUCCUCCCAAACAGAUUUGAUGUUGGACCUAUUUUACUUCAGAGGCAAUAUGAUGUACCAUGCAACAGUACUACAAAGAGUCUUACAAAUGUUCUUGCCAAAAGGGGCUCAGAAAUGUUGAUAGAAGUCCUCCACAAUUUACCCAAGUUAAUUGCAAACGAGAUGCCUCAGAAGAAAGAUGGAAUUACAUUGGGACCAAAGAUACCACCUGCGUUAGCCUGGAUAGACUGGGACGCUACACCCCAGGAGAUAGACAGGUUGUUCAGGGCCAUCGGACAAGAGAUGCCUCUGAAGAGUUUAUUUGGAAGUGAAGAAAUGAGAUUGGAACAAAUGGUACAUUCUAAUUAUUGCUCAGAUAUGUCACUUUCUGAUGUGGAUGAGCCAGGUUUUAUUUCUUUCAACAAGAAUAACAACAUCCUCUAUGUACGCUGUAAGGAUGGCUGGGUUGGAUUCCGCUCCAUCUCUCCGAUCGGUCGUAAGAGGAUGACAGCCAAGGAGUUCUAUAAUGGUUAUCUAUCAGGUAGGAGGAGAGAUGAUGAUGAUGAAAGGAGAUGUUUUAGGAAUCGUGAUGUCACAGAUAGAUGACCCUGGGAUCGGUAGGAAUCGACUUCCGUGUAAACCAAUGCGAAAGACCAGAUUAUUUCUGAGUCCUGCUUCAUCUUUACCCACACAGUCAAAUCUGUGUUAGUUGGAUAUCCAAGUAUGAAGACUGUCUGAAGUUGCUGGGUUUUUAUUUUGUGUCCCUUGUGAGAGGAAUUACUUGUUAAAGCAAUCUAGAAAUGCCCAUUUUCAGUACGGCUCAAUGCGACAGAAUGAGAUCAAUGGUUACUAACACAAGAGUUUUCUAUCUUCUGUAAGUAAUGGUCAUAAUUGAGGACAUGAUAUUGAAUUUUAUUACAUUUGCAUGCCGCCAUGCUGUAUUUCGAUUGACAAUAUCUCUCUCCCCAAUUCUGUUUUCAUUGUUUGCAUGUUAGAAGAUCAUAUAGGGUAUAACUGAACUGGGGAAGAACCCUUUUUAAAACAGAUGUCUAGGAGGUUACCAGUGGGAAUUUCAAUUUGAUUAUUUUCCAUGAAUGACUAUCAGUCUCACAAUCAUGCAAAUUGAAACCUCUUAAAAAAACCCAACUGAAAACCCGAAAUCGUACCUACCCUGUUCAAUUGAAAAUUCAAAACAUAGCUGAAUAGUAUUUGUCAUUUAUCAUCACUAUUUGAUUCAUCGGUUUCAUUCUCAGUGGAUAGACGCAAAUUUUGUCAUUUGGUUGACAAGUAUGAUUCGGAUGGCUAUCUGACAAGUCACAACUCUGUGGAUCAGCUAUCAAUAACUUACGGUUGACAGUCUUUAACUUUCCUGCCAUGGAGUGGGUUGAUACUAUAGACAUCACCCUCAUUUGGUGAUGUUGACAAUGAAUAAGGCUCCAUGAAAUAAUUGUCCAUCUUAUUUUCAUUGUGAAAGCCAUCUUCAAAAUUACCCUCUGCCCAAUCAGGCUGUAUCUCUCUAUCAUGUUUGACCUUAUUCUCCAUGGCCCGUAUUCUGAAGUCAGGUUUAACUUAAACUCAGGUUUAAAGUUGUGUUUUAAAGUAUAGAUAG